AUGACGUCCCGAGCAGCUACUUGUCGUCAGAGGCAAGAGCUCGACGCGUCCAUCGUGGCUUUAUUCCUCUUUUCCGUGUGUCUAAAGCUGCUACUAAUACCUUCUUACACUAGCACAGAUUUUGAAGUGCAUCGUAAUUGGCUGAGCCUUACCCAUAAGUUGCCACGUCGUCUUUGGUACCAUGAACACACGAGCGAGUGGACACUAGAUUACCCGCCGUUCUUCGCAUACUUUGAGUACGCACUGAGCUUUGUAGCUGCUGCUACAGUGGACAAUACUAUGCUUACUAUUAGCUCAGUACCCGUCUUCUCCUCGUCUCUUGUGUUUUUCCAGCGUCUAAGCGUCAUCGUAUCAGACGUGGUACUAUUCUACGCUCUACAUGCUUACUGCUCAUCCUGGCCUACAGUCACAACAACCGAGUGGGCUUUUUCAAAAGCUAAACGACUGGCAAUUAUGCUUAUUACAGUGCUGGAUGCAGGUCUGAUUUAUGUAGAUCACAUCCACUUUCAGUAUAAUGGAAUGCUGCUGGGCCUUUUGAUCCUAUCGGCCACCAAAUUUCGAUUGCAACAAGACCUUAUGGGAGCUUUAUUGUAUGCUAUCCUGCUCAUGUUCAAACACAUUUACUUGUAUGCAGUGCCACUGUAUUUCAUCUACUUGUUGAGACACUACUGCUACGUUAAGAAACCGGGUUCCGAUUCAUCCGAUAGUGAUGAAGAUCCGAAUGGAAGGCUUCUUAGAAAGAGGUCAAUUUCAAGUACUGAUGUGCACAAGACGAUUCAGAAUCUCCAUGAUGGUAACGUGACGUUCUCGUUUCUUAACUUUGUGAAACUAGGGGCGAUGGUGCUCGCAGUGUUCGCGGUCGCGUUUGGAAGUAUUCUGUGGGAUCACGAGGACCCGAUUGCUGGCAUGAAACAGAUCUUGACUCGAUUGUUUCCCGUUCAGAGAGGACUGUGUCAUUCGUACUGGGCGCCUAACGUCUGGGCGCUGUACAUUUUUCUUGACAAAGUGCUCGUGAUUCUCGGCUUUCCUGCUAAAACGGAUGGUGUUGCUCUUAUGAGCGGUGGGCUUGUGCAGGAGGCAAGCUUUGCGGUUCUACCCACUGUGUCACCUCUAGUGUGUGCAGCGCUAACGUUUGCCAUGAUGACGCCGGUGCUACGGAGUGUUUGGAAAUACCCUGACUCGUCGCUUUUUACUAGCGCGCUCGCAUACUGUAUGCUGUGCUCAUUCCUGCUAGGGUAUCACGUGCACGAGAAGGCAAUCCUGCAGGUCACACUACCGAUGGCUCUCAUGGCUGCUGACAGCGUUGCUAGCAUGCGGCUAUACAGGUUUGCAUCAGGGGUUGCGACAAUCUCUCUCUUCCCAUUGCUGUUCACACCUGCCGAACAGGGAUCGAAAGUUCUUCUCGGUGCAUGUCAUGCAUUGCUGGCAGAGGUCGUGCUUGUCCCGUUGCUCAAGCACUCGCUGAAAGAGAGACAUAUCAAGAUAACCGCCGUUGGCAUGUCUUUAUUUGAGCGGGUUUUUCUCGCUGGGCUAGCUGGCAUUGUCUUGCUGGCAGCGGUAUUCCCGUACAUCCCACGCAUUAGUGCGCGAUACCCGUUCCUACCACUCAUGAUGAUCUCAGUGAGCUGCGCCUUGGGAAAUAUUUACGUGUGGGGUUUUUCCGUUACGCAGCACUUUCGGAAACUCGACGCUGUGAAGUACUACCUUGAUGCGCAAAGACCAAAAUAG